AUGAGCAAUUCCUCUCAGCUGACUCAAAAUGUUUGUCUCACCCGGAAGAUGGAGCUCCCGAAGGCCUUUUCUGACCUAUGGACAUGCCUAUCUGCCUUCCUCAACAUGCUGUCACGCAGCCUUUCCACAGCAUCCCUGCUCAGCAACUACUGGUUUGUGGGCAUACAGAAGGUGCCCAAGCCCCUGUGCGGGAAAGGUCUGCCAGCCAAGUGCUUUGAUGUGCCACUGCGCUUGGAUGGGAGCAGCACAAAUGUAUCAUCUCUGGAGGUGGUGCAGUACAGCUGGGAGACUGGGGAUGACCGCUUCACCUCCCAUGCCUUCGGGAGUGGCAUGUGGCUCUCCUAUGAGGAAAUCAUGCAAGACCCAGCACUGCUCCAACUCCAGUCCCGGAAACAGUUUAGAGCCCUGCAGCCCAGUGGUACAUCAGGAGCAAAAGGGGAGAGGUGCCGAAGUUUCCUUGAACUCACACCACCAACCGAGAGAGGUGAGAAAGGAUUACUGGAAUCUGCCACGUUGCAAGACCCAUGUCACCCCUCUCUCCGAUUUGGAGGGAAGCGGUUGAUGGAGAAGGCUUUUGUCCCCCACCUUCCCUUGGGGCUUGGGGCAAAUCCUACGGCUAUCACUGGGAGUCCGAUUCGCCUCCAUCGGACUGGGACUCAUCAGCUUCCUCCUCCUACUGAUGGACUUGCUAUUCACGGGGCACCCCGGCUGUGGCCUCAGGCUGAGGAACUGCCUUCCUGUUUCCUCUGUAGGCCUUCUGGGGAUGGUGGGCCAUAUGAUGUAGUCACAAGCCUUCCAAGCAACGGCCGACUUGGGUCCAGAACACUGGAGGCCCCAUGCUUGGAAUUACGGCCGGGCCUUUUAGUAGCACGGCCUGGGGUUCCUUCACCUGCUGCAUGGCGUCAGCUGUCACCACCUUCAACACAUACACCCGGCUAG